AUGAGCGGUGCUACAAGUGUGAGUAGUAUUGAGGGCUCCAAGAAAGUCUGUCAUCAGAGAACGUCAGUCCAAAGUGCUAAAGACUUUGUUGUCCAGCGCUAUUGUGUGUUUCUAAUAGCAGAAGCCCUUCUGGAGUCCACAAGAAAAGAUCUAAGGGAUUCCUCUGGGUCUGGGCCACAAGGAGAGCACACUGUUCGACUCCAUGGUCCUUUACUCACUAACCAUGGGCUUCCCAAGAGGGCCCAGGUGCCAUCAGCGCCACCACUGCCUGCUCUGCAGAUCACUUACCUUUUCUAUGUUGCCGAUAUCAUUGGCUAUUCCAUUCCCACCCCCAAUGGCCAUGGUGACGCUUCUCAGGUUCAGAACAACUACUGCCAAGAAUGUGAAGCUGCAAUCAACAACCAGAUUCACUUACAACUGUAUGCAGCCUACAUGUACCUCUCUAUGGCAUUUUACUGUGAUCGAGAGGAGGUGGCUUUGGGCCACUUUUCAUGGUUCUUCUUGUGGCAGUCGCACAAGUGGACCCAGCAUGCCGAGAAACUCUUGUGGAUACAGAACCAGCGUGGCAGCCACAUCUCGCUGAACCAAAUUGACAUGUCUGGAUAUCACAACUGGCAUGGUAGCUUCCAGGUGAUGGAAUAUGCCUUUAAUCUAGAAAUGACCAUCACACAGAGCCUCAUGGAGCUAUAUCAUCUGGCUGCCAUUAAAGGAGAUACAGAACUUAGUGAAUUCUUGAAGCAUCAUUGCCUUCAACAGCAGCUGGACACCCUCGAGGAAUUAAGACAGUAUCUGACUAAUCUGCACAACAUGUGGGCUCUUGGAGACACCCUAGUUCAAUACCUCUUCAGCCAGCUGUCCCUCAGGAAGAAAGAGAAGUAA